CUUUUACCCUAUCGAAUUUCUCGGUCGAGUUCUUCCUUGAAACGUCUGUCCGAUAGUUUCUAUCAGUGAUCGAUCGCGCGAGAAGCGCUGCGCGAAACCGCGCAGACGAACAAUUACUGCUCCAACCUUAAUACUGAGUGUGGAGCCGUGGUCCGUGCGUUCGAUUUUCGGCGUGCGCGAGCUAAGUGAAUUUCUCGGUGUGCUCUCUCCAACAAUUGAGUCAGUAGAGACGGUGUUCGAACGGAAAUGUCUCGUAUGACGCGGACAAUCAAUUGGAUUCGAAAAAACCCAAAGAAAAGUUUAUUCUUCGGAGGAACGACCGCAUUUGCAACCAAUUAUGCCGUGGAGAAAAGAAAGCUCCGUCUUAUAAUGCGCGCUUACGGCUGGGAGGCAUUGGAUUUCGGAGAUCAGCUGUGUCCUCAAGGAGCGUCGCCGCGACAUGUCACUGUCAUCAUGAAUUCUCACACAAAAGGGAGCAAGAAACUCUACGAGGAUUACGCAGCACCACUUCUGCAUCUCGCCGGCAUGAAAGUUUCGUUGUUCAAGACGGAACAUUCGGGCCAGGCCAAGGACCUCAUGCAGAUAAUGGACAAUACCGACGCUGUCCUCGUCGUUGGUGGUGACGGAACUCUCAUGGAAACUGUAACCGGCCUCCUCAGUAGAGAAGACAGGAUGGAAGCCUGCCAUCGUUUUCCUCUCGGGGUGAUACCGACGGGUAGAACGAACACCGUCGCGAGGAAACUCUACUUCAAGGAGCACAUGAGAUCGGAGCAUCUAGCGGCUGAGGCCGCGAUGGCUCUGAUCAGAGACGUCAGAAAACCGCUCGACGCUUUCCGUGUCGAUUUCCAUAACGAAAAGCUUUGGGAAAGAUCCGAUGACGAGGACGAGACGAGACUGAAGGCCCUUCAGGAUCAGGAUUUCAAGGAACAGGGAAUCGUCGUUAGAGGAACCGCCGUGAGCGACGAGUCCGAGAAGGUGGACGGAGCGGCUGACGACUCGGCUCACAAACCCUACUUUAGAAGACAAGACCCAGUGUUCGGUGUCGGGAAGCUGGAAUGCGGAAUUUUCCGCGACUUGGAUGCGAGGAUAGAUCGUUAUUGGUACUUCGGGGGACUCCGAGCGAGAGCAGCUUAUUUAUUCGGGAGCUUGCGACAGAGUCCCGAGCCCGAGGAAACAGAGAUACGAUUUAGCGACGUAUGUUCUGGAUGCAACAAGUGCAUGGUGAAACCCAGAGAAAACGAUAGGAAAGAAAGCGCAGAGGUUAAACAGCCCCAGCGGUGGUGGGGCAGCUUCGUGAAGAAAGAGCAAGCGCAAAAUAAGUCCGUGGACCCGUACGAGAAGUUUGCGAAUGUCGUGAAUGAAAAAUGCGGCUCUCUGACGGACACGUCCAUCUGUUACACUAACCUCGAGCUGGCGCCUGAGGACGGUGGUCUCGUACUGAAAGCGUCACCAGCAACGCUCGAUGGAGCUACGGUUCUACUCGAUGGGUUCAAACGACACAGCAAACACGAGACGCCCUGCUUGGAAGAACAACUUCGGGUCGGGAGGAUUCAAUUCAAUUUCCCUCAAAAGGAACUGGUCGACCCAGAAUACAUUCCGACGCCCGAGGAGAAGCGGAGUAAGGAGCUCUUCAUCAAAGGGAAGAAAAUGGCCAUAGAUUCCGAAGUGUUCGCUCGGCAACCGAUUUCCAUAACGCUGUAUCCGAGGGCUGUCAAUUUUUUUGUCAGCUCUUGAGCCAAACGACUUGUACAUAAAGAUUUCAUUGGAGUUUCCGUAUGAUGAUCGUUACGCAUUUUGGAU